AUGACGCGCGAGGCUGUCGGGAUCUGGCUUAUCGUCCUCGUCCUCUACGAGAUCGCAUUCGAUGUCUCGGGAAGGUGCCCGUCGUUGUGCGAAUGCGGUACCUGGUACAAUUUGCAGCACGCUUCGUGCACCGGACGCCAUCUUUAUAGCAUUCAUACAGGUGCAUCGAACAUCGUGCAAGCCUUGGAUCUGUCGAAUAACUCCAUAUCUGUUUUAAAUAAUUACGAAUUAGCUGAAGCAGGGUUGACAAGACUUAAAUAUCUCAAUUUAUCUGUAAAUGCGAUCAGCGAAAUUGGCCUAAACGCUUUUAAUGGAUUAUCGGAAUUGACGGUUUUAGAUCUAUCCAAGAAUCACCUUUAUUAUCUCUUGUCAGAUAUUUUCAUGCCAGUAAAAAGUUUACGAGUUUUACGACUGUCUAAAAACAAUUUCAAUUCUCAUGUGCCGAAACUGGAAUGUCCCUGGCUCAUGGACUUAACUCUGGAUUCGUGUCAAAUUAGUUAUGUACCAGCGGAUACAUUCAUUGGACUCUCGCGUCUUCGUACUCUUGAUCUUUCAAAUAACUUGCUGAUACAAUUGGAUACCGUUGCUCUCGAAACAUUACAAUUUUUAAGAAGAUUAUCAAUAGAGGGAAAUCCGUGGACCUGUGAUAAACUUACAUUUGAUUUGCAAAUAUAUUUGAUGCGCAAGAAUAUACAGUAUCAUGCGAUAUGCGUAAAAAAUGUGGAACCAAAGAAAUUUGAAAAAAUGAUCGUUUAUAAUCCACAAGUUAAAUAUAAGAAGCAUCGACCCUUAAUAAAUUUGAACUCGAAUAUCAUGGAAAAUAUGACAAACAAGCAUUUUACAUCCACACCAGGGCGUGAAAACGCUUGUGCUACUACGACAAAUGAGUCAAAUUUUAUGAAAAUGUUGAAUUCCAUAUCGCCGUACUGGUUUCUCAUAGCCGGAUUUAUACUCGGUAUUGCGAGUGGCAUGAUAAGUUCUUACGUUUGGAUCACAAGAAAGAUAUGUUGUAGCCGACAAACCGAUAACGAUGCUCAAAAUAUUUCGUUGCUGCAGAAUCCGUGGCUAUUUGAGGAUUCUCCUCUUAAUGAUACAGCAAUAUCCUGCCCAGAUACUCCACCGCCACCGUAUCGUGAUGUUGUGCUGCGACCGGGACUUUAUUGUAAUGUUUCAGUUAAUACAAAUUUAAAUAAUAAUGUUGCCACAAAUAGUACGGAAUAUACUUAA